UCGAAAAGAUGGUGGCCAGCGCUCGAGUGCAGAAGCUCCUCCGACGAUAUAAACUAGCGAUCGCCGCCGCAUUAACCAUCCUCCUGAUCCAAGGGCUGGUAGUAUGGAGUCUGAGAAGUCUGGAAGAGGGCGAGGCAGAGAGAAAAACACGACGGUCUAAGCUGCCAGACCACAACAGUCAGGACCCCAAGAGAGACGCAGCACUUUGGGAGAAACAAAACUCUUUGUCAGGGAAGAACAGGGGCAGAUGGAGCACCAGGUUGGAGAGGACAGGGGGCACAGCAGCCAGUGCACUGAGGAGAGGAACCAGCCGGCGAGGAGGAAAGCCCAGCAUCAGGCUGAAGUCUCCUCAGGAGCGGGGGAUGACCGGGGCUGGAAUGGACAGUGUCAUUCCCCAUGACUUGUCCAGCAGCCGCAACUUCAGCGAGACCCGAGGAGGCACAGAUGGGGCGGCUAAGCUACCUGCUGCUGCCAUACCGGGGGAGCCGGGCAGCGUAGACGGUGCACACCAAGCCCCCAGCAGUGACUUUGUGCCUAAAUGUGAUAUCAUAGGCAAGGACGCUCUGUCUGCCCUGCAUCGCGCCGGGUCACAGCAGUGCCGACAGGAGAUCGCCAACAUCGUGUGCCAGCAUCAGGCUGGUCAGCUCAUGCCCGACGCACUUCCUCAGUUCUGCCCCCAACUUGGUGUAUCAAAUCCAGUUCAGGCCGCUGGCGAGCUGGACAACAGCCUAUCCAAAGUGGAGAACCCUGUCAGGGUGGCUUUUGUUCUGAUGGUCCACGGCCGUGCUGUACGGCAGCUCAGGCGCCUCAUCAAAGCCAUAUACCACCGUGACCACUACUACUACAUCCAUGUGGACAAGCGAUCCGGCUACAUGCAUCGAGAGGUCCUGCAGAUAGCCCAGCAGUUCCCAAAUGUGCGUGCCACGCCCUGGAGGAUGGUCACCAUCUGGGGUGGUGCCAGUCUACUGAAGGCCUAUCUUCGCAGCAUGCAGGACCUGCUCUCCAUGCUGGACUGGAAAUGGGAUUUUUUCAUCAAUCUCAGCGCCACAGACUUCCCCACCAGGACCAAUGAUGAACUGGUGGCUUUCCUGUCGCAGCACAGAGACAAGAACUUCCUCAAGUCACAUGGAAGAGAGAAUGCCCGGUUUAUUAAGAAGCAGGGCCUUGACCGUCUCUUCCAUGAGUGUGACAACCACAUGUGGCGUCUCGGGGAACGCAACAUCCCAGAAGGCCUGGAGGUCUCAGGUGGCUCUGAUUGGUUUGCGCUCACCCGCCGCUUCGUGGAGUACGUCAUCAACUCCCAGGAUGACCUGGUGUCAGGGCUGAAGCAGUUCUAUUCCUAUGCUCUGCUCCCCGCUGAGUCUUUCUUCCACACGGUGCUGGGGAACAGUCAUAUGUGUGACACCCUGGUGGACAAUAACCUGCGUGUCACCAACUGGAAUCGUAAACUGGGCUGUAAAUGCCAGUACAAGCACAUUGUCGACUGGUGUGGCUGCUCUCCCAAUGAUUUCAAACCGCAAGACCUCAUCCGUAUUCAGCAAUUGACCCGACCAACAUUCUUUGCUCGUAAAUUUGAGUCAACAGUAAACCAGGAGGCCAUAGACAUCCUGGACACUCACCUCUAUGGCCAGUACGCUCCGGGCACCAUCGCUAUCAAGGCAUACUGGGAAUCCCUGUUUGAGCAGUUGGAUGGCGUCGGCUCUCUCAGUGACGUGGCUCUCACUGCUUAUACUUCUUUCUUUCGCCUGGGCCUGAAGAAUCUGGCGACCACUCAGAGCAAUGUGGAGGCCUGCAGGUUUGAACCAGUGGGCUACCCUCUGUUGGUACACUUGUACUUUUAUGAUGACCGUUUCCAAGGGUACCUGGUGCGUCAGGAAGCCCAGGCUGUGGGGUCAAAGGUCAGGGAGACACUGGAGAUGUGGGCAGUGCCCCAGGCCUCCCUCGUCCUCGAGACGAACCUUAAAGAGUUUGAAAGGCUCAAGAAUCUGGAAAUCGGCACAGAGUGGGAUCCUAAGGAAAGAAUCUUCCGUAACUUUGGUGGGGUGAUUGGGCCUUUGGAUGAACCCCUAGCAGUCCAAAAGUGGGCCCGUGGUCCCAACCUCACAGCCACUAUUGUGUGGCUUGACCCAGCGCUGGUAGUGGCAGCAUCAUACGACAUUACAGUGGAUGUGGAUGCUGAGUACACCCAGUACAAACCGCCGCUGCAGCGCCCCCUGCGGCCUGGGACCUGGGUAGUACGGGUGUUAAAGCAAUGGGAGCGCGUGGCAGAAGUUCGCUUUCUUGUCAUGCCGCUAACCUUCAAAGAUAAGGAGCCACUACGCAAAGAAGAGGACAGCUGGCUCCAUGUAGGUCCUCCAGGGAAUCAGUACCUGGAGCAGAGUUUCCAGCAGCUGAGCUCCAUGUUGAAGCUGCCUCCCCAGGAGUCUGCCAUGCAGGAGGCCCAGCGUAACGCCCAGCUUGUGGGUCAGGCUCUUGAAGCUUGGGUGGACAGCAGUGUGAGGAACUUCUGGGUCACAGGUGACCUGUGCACCACGCAGACUUCAUCCUGCCCAGCACUGGGACCUUGCUCCAAAACCUCCUGGAGCUCUCUGUCCCCAGACCCCAAGUCUGAACUGGGCCCAGUCAAAAGUGAUGGGCGGAUCAGGUAGCCCCAAGAGAGGAGGGUUUGUAGACUUUAACACAUACACAGGAAGACUGAGAGAGAGCUGGACCUACACUGGAGAGCUCCAGCAGAACCUGUGUGAACCGGAUAUUGUCCCCAAGGUCUGCUCAGAGCUCAAGGGCACAUAAACAGGGAGCUUCCUGCACUGAGGAGUCAAGAUAUCCUUAGUGAAGUGGUACUAUAGACUUAAAAGAAGAGGAUAUGACUGCUGGAAAAUUUGCACAUAGAAGAUUGCAAGCGGAAAGCUCUUGUGUCAUUGUUUGCUCAAUGGUUCCAUGGAUGACAGAUGUAUUGUUGUUAUUUUGCUGGCACACAGGUUUUCAAUCGGGGUCAGUCUCGGUCGGAGUCCGAAGACAACCCUGUGCACAGUUUUCAGUUUUCCUCUGCUUUGAAAGAAUCAGAAAGCAGUUGUCAAAACUCAACAACAGGCUCCUUCGCUGUGCUUCUAUCUUCAUUUCAAGGGAGAGUGGAACCUCUGAGUCGUAUUAUUGUGCUUAUUUUGAAGCAUUACUAUGUAAGCAUAUGGAGCAGUCAGCUGAAGUGCACUUUACUGUAAGACUGUGAUGUUACGCAGAGGUCACUCGGUCACAGUGUGAGGAGCAGAAGUUACAGAGUCAUGGAUAAGGUCACAUCACAUCUUCAUUUUACAGUAGGCUCUAAGACAAAUACCUGCACCAUGACUCCCUGUUGCACAGACACAUCAGUAACUUGGGUUAGGAAGAAAUAAGGAAAGAGAGUGAGUGGGGUAUUUAGGUUUCGAGUCGUCCUAAUUUUUAGUUCUGUUUACUGUGACAUCAUUUUUGAACAUGUAAUUUUUUUAUGUAUUUGUCUGUUAGUUUCCUGAUGUGGCUGUUUAAAGUGUUAGGUUGUCUUUGAUGUCCAUUGUUGCAAAAAAAAAAAAAAAAA